AUGAUAGCCGAGGAAUCGCGGUAUUUCGCCCCCGGUGGAGGUAUCUUCCCCGGGGGCCCGAGCACCUGGCAUAUCCUCGAUUGGGAUCAACGACGGACGAUUGCGGUCACUAUGGACGAGGAACAGGACAGCGAGGAUGCGGCUAUCGGACACCUCAGGAAGCAUAUUGAUGCUCUCGGACCUGACGUAUAUGCCAUCCACCUAUCGCCCGAGGGCGAUUUGGUCUCGACCUCUGCUGACGCCAAUGACGACGAAACGACGUGCCCGUACUAUCCCCCGCUACAGGAGAUCCUCCGGCCCGACUGUGUCAAGACGGUGGUCCGUUCGGACCUGUUGGAGCUCGAUCGACUCGGGCCGAAUGUUGACCUUGUGUCGUAUACGCCUGGCCCCAGUGCCACGGACACGAGAAUAGUAGUCUUCAAAUACUACUUCCUCUGCCAAUUCCUCCAAAAGGUGUGGCACGAGAUGAACCUAUGGAUGCGUCUUCCCCCACAUCUGAACAUUGUACCCUUCGACCGGCUCGUGCUGGACGAGCUAGCCGGUCGCGUCGUCGGCUUCACAACCCUUUACAUCCCCGGUGGCACGUUUGACGAGAACAAAUCCCGCGUUUUCAAGCUGGAGUGGCUCCGACAGUUGACUUCCGUCGUUGAUGACUUGAACCUCAAUGGCCAGAUUGGCGGAUUUGGUGGCCUGAAGGAUUCGACCGACCAAGACGAUGUGAGAGGUGUGGUAUUCACCCUCUACGAGAUCAUCACGGGCGACACGCAUCACCGGGAAGUUCCUCGCGAUCAACAGAAUCCGGCCGAUGUCGAGGGGCUGGAGUAG